ACAGUGUUUCACCUAAAAGUUUCACAUCUGGCACUGAAAUUCAACUAACACCUGGGUUGAACGUGGGUUAACCGAAACCAUAGAACGUUUCGCUCCCACCCCCUGGAUCGAUUACCGAAACUAUAGCCUCCAUAGCCGGACUGUCAGCGUAGCUUCCUGCUAGCAAGGCUCCGGUUUAACAGUGCGUUUUUUCUUUAAGUUUUUAUAGUAGAUUUUUUUUUUGGUGUGGUGCCGGUUGUCGUCCCAACGUUCUAACCAGGAGAACAACAAAAGUUCAUGGCAACAUACUACAUAGUACAGCCGCCGUCCGAAGUCUAGAAUGGGGGCUACCGAAACCACCGGUUUCCCCCAUUGAAACAGCGUCAUCGGUCGUGGUAUUGUGCUUGUUCGAUGCCACACCUGGAAAUGCUAUGCGAAACUGAAGUUGGCGUCCUGAACGCACCUACUAGUAUCCAAAACCAGCAGUCAUCCCAGGGAAACCAGCAGGAAUGGCGGCGGUAGACUGUUCCUUACCGCUUUCUGUAAACUACCAAGAGAAGGUCCGGCCCUUUAUCGACCUGGUGGACGAGCUGAGGGCUAAUGGGCUGGAUCGCGAUGUGUCCCUCCCCUCUGUGGUGGUCAUCGGGGACCAGAGUGCCGGCAAGAGUUCCACAUUGGAGGCCAUCUCAGGUGUUCAACUUCCCAGGGGGAGCGGUAUCGUGACAAGGUGUCCAUUGGAGUUACGGCUGAAAAAGAGCCAGAAGAAAGACGCCCCGUGGAAGGGAUGCAUCCGUUAUGUCAAAAAUAAGAAAGACGUAAGAUUUGACGUAGACGAGCCGGGAAAUGUGGGAGAUGCUGUAAAGAAAGCCCAGAAUGACUUGGCGGGCACCACCAAUGGCAUCAGCGACAGUUUGAUCACCCUGGAUGUGGAGAGCCCAGACAUCCCCGACCUGACCCUGAUCGACCUGCCUGGGAUUGCGCGCAUUGCAGCGGAAGGACAGCCAACGGACAUCGGCCAACAGAUUAAAGAUCUGAUCAGUAAGUAUAUUCAGAAGAAGGACACCAUCAUCCUGGCUGUGGUACCAUGUAAUGUGGAUAUCGCUACUACUGAGGCUCUGCAGAUGGCACAGGAGGUGGAUGCAGAUGGGAGCAGGACGCUGGGUGUUCUGACUAAGCCUGACCUGAUAGAUCCCGGUACAGAAAGGGGCGUCCUCCAGAUUUUGAACAACGAAAAAUACAAACUCAGAAAGGGGUACACCAUCAUCAAGUGCAGGGGACAGAUGGACAUUGAGAAGGGGAUGUCCCUGGAAGAGGCUAUGGACAAAGAGCAGAGCUAUUUCAAGUCUCACGAACACUUCAAGUCCGUGUACAAAGAGAAGAAGGCAGGAGUGAGAACCCUUGCUGGGAGGUUGUCAACCGAGCUGGUUGGGCAGAUCAAGAAUUCCAUCCCAUUCCUGAAGGAAGAUGUGAAGACCAAGUUGGCGGCCACUCGUCAGGAUCUGCAGCUCAUGGGCAUCGGAGUCCCACAGGAGCCCGAUAAAAAGAUGCUGUUUCUCACGGAUCUAUUGCGACAUUUCAUAGAUGACCUGCAAAAGACAGCAAAGGGUGAACUCACCCGGGUAUGUCUGAAGAGGAAGAGGACAAACAAACGUCUUUUUGGUGAUGUGAGGGAUGCUUUUAAAAGGCUUGAAAGAGCUAUGAAUAAAAUGAUGCCAGUGUCUACAGAUGGCAGCAUACUACAAGAAAUAAAGAAUGCAAUCGUCGAGAACCGUGGUCGUGAGUUGCCCCGCUUCAUGUGCUACCCUGUCUGCGAGGCGAUCAUCCGCGAACACCUGCAGAAGUUCCGGGAGCCUGCGUCUGUAUGCCUGCAGGAAGUCAGUGAGCUGGUGGAGAGUGUGUCUACUGCACUGGCCACGGCUCAUUUUCAGGCAUUCCAGGGGCUUGACUGGGAGAUCAAGGGAAAAAUGAAUGAGCUGCGCAUGAUGCAUGAGAAAAAGGCAGAAGAAUCUGUGGACCAGAUCUUCGCAAUGGAGCAUCUCGUGUUCACACAGGACAGCAUCUUCAUCAGAAGUGUUACAGAAAUGGGGGACAAAGUCGUUUGGCCUAUCGGCCAUGUCACCAAGCAAGAUGAUGAGGGAAAGGAGGCUGAGAAGAUGCUGAUGUACAUUUGUUCAUACUUCAAGGUUGCCAUUCGGCGUAUGGUAGACCAGGUGCCGAUGGCCAUCAGCUUGCACCUAUUGAAGAACCUCACAGAAGACAUCACCUCUCAGGUGAACCUGAUGGCGGCGUAUCCAGACAAGACCCUGCAGCUGCUGGAGGAAGACCCGGACAGCGCGGAGCGGCGCGCCAUGCUGGAGGAGAAGCUCAAGAGGCUGAUGAAGGCCAACCAGGACCUUGCCAGGUUCAACUGAGUCUGACGGGCAGAGGUCAUAGGUCACCAGUGGUUGAUCUGCAGUUUGGGGAAGCAAUGAAACCUGUCCAAAAUCAUAUCCAGUUGCUUAAGUAACUGCUUUUUGGCAAACUUGUCAUUAUCUUUUUUUUGGUAGUGUGUGAAAUGUUUGCCUUUUGGUGCACAAUUUUGUCUUCACUUAAGACUAUAUGAAUUCUCUCGUUAGGGGCUAUAUCAUUUAUCAUUUCAUGGCUGUAUCUAGGUUGCAAAAUACUCAUGUUGAAUAAUGAUUUACCGUUGGUAUGGGCUGCAUCUUACAGUGUGUAACAUUAUAUCAAGGAUUAUAUGUAGAGAGAUGGAAGUCAAGAACUAGCAUGUUCAUUGGUACAUGUACAUUAUGAUAUGAAGAUAAAACUUUAAAAGCAUCUAGUUUUACCUUGAAUACACCGCAAGUAUCUUAUUGUGGAAUAACAUGAAAGUUGAAUAGUAUACAGUUUUUAUCAUAAAAAGUUUGAGGAAUUUUUAUAGUCCAUCAAGUGCAUUAGCAGGAAAGGGUUACAAAUUCAUUUGAUUAAGUACACAUGUAUACAUAUAUGUUAGGAAUAUAAUGUUUUUCGUAAUUAGUAAAACUUUCGAUAUCCUAUACUUUUGGCAGUGGGUGGUUUGCAUUUCAAUAAACCAGUCUCCAGAAAGAU